AUGACGACAGCAGCAACAGUGAGUGAGGCCACGGCAGGGUCAGCCACAGGCGACUACUACUUUGAUUCCUACAGCCACUAUGGGAUUCACAUGGAGAUGCUGAAGGAUUAUCACCGCACGACUUCCUACCGUGACGCUAUCUGGCGCAACGCGUACCUCUUCAAGGGAAAGGUGGUGCUGGACGUUGGGUGCGGCACAGGCAUCCUCUCCAUGUUUGCCGCGAAGGCGGGCGCACGCAAGGUGAUUGGUGUUGACUGUAGCAGCGUGGCGGUGCAGGCGCGGCAGAUUGUGAAGGAUAACGGAUUUGAGAACAUCAUCACCAUCACUCAGGGAAAGGUGGAGGAUCUGCAGCUGGACGAGCAAGUUGACAUCAUCAUUAGCGAGUGGAUGGGGUACUUCUUGCUGUAUGAGUCGAUGCUCAACACUGUCCUCUACGCACGUGAUCGCUGGGGCGCGCCGGGUGUGAAGCUUUUUCCGGACCGUGCGAACAUGUACGUCAGCGGCAUCAGCGACCAGCAGUACAAGGAGGAGCGGUUUGACGUCUGGGACGAUGUGCAGGGCUUUGACUUUUCCUACUUUAAGCGCCUGAGCUACAUUGAGCCUCUUAUUGACACCGUGCACCGCAACCAAAUCGUGACCAACACCUCGGACCUCUGCUCCUUUGACAUCAACACCGUGCAGGAGGCGGACCUCGCGUUCACCAGCGAGUUUGAGCUCGUCGCGGCUCGGUCGGGAUGCGUGGAUGCGCUCAGCGUGCACUUCGACACCCCCUUCGCAGCCGGCCACGAGGUGGUCGUACUCACCACCACCCCGCUGACGGCACCGACGCACUGGAGGCAGACGGUGCUGUACCUCUUCAAUCCGCUGCAGAUGAAUAAAGGCGAGCGGGCGAAGUUCCGUAUGAGCUGCUGCCCGAAUAAAGGCAACCCGCGCGACCUUGACAUUGCCCUUCACGUUGAGUUUGACGGAGAGCGGCAGUCAAGCCACUACGACCAGGACUUCCGACUGCGGUGA